AUGCCACAGAGUUCUAGCCCCAGCACCGCCAGUCCAAACCAGCUGCUCACUGACGCUGCGCUGAUGAGUAUGGCGGUCACGUCCUCGCAGCCAGCCACCACAGCCAUAUCGCCACUGGUGACUAUGGAAAAGUCCUUUGCGGCGACAGCCAUCCAGAGCCGGCCAAUGCUUGGUCUGCGCACACUGCGCAAGAAGAUUGUGAUUCCCGCCAUCAGCUCGGACGGCACACUCAUGAUCUGCUGCAACUGUGGCGAGACCGAGACGCCGAGCUGGCGCCGCCAUCCCAUCUCCAACAGUAUGCUGUGCAAUGCCUGUGGACUGUACUAUAGACUGCACCGAAAGCCGCGUCCGAUCGCUUACGACGAAAGUGGCAAGCUGCAGGUCAUCAGAAAGAACGCUGCAGUGAAGCGCGAACCAAUCAAUAUAGGGUUGUCGGAGAAUAUUGUGUCGGGCCCUGUUCCACCAUUCCAGGCGUUGAGACUGCUGCCGGCCGACGGAAGCCUGUCGCUGAUGAAUGAUGAUGAGAAUAAAGAUUAGACUGAUGACACCAUGGCACCGCCAUUUGCUGCGGCCAGCCAUGGCUCUCAGCAGAUAUACAUAUUGAGAG